GCUCUUUCAUGAGGCUACUGUAAUUCGAGUGAAUAUGAGUACGCCGCACUUUCUUCUCGCGCACCCUGGAUUUGAAAUGGAAACUUCAGAAACAAUUCCUCCAUGUAAGUUACCAUGCACAACGAUAGACCUUCUAUCGCCACGACCGCCGAUCUGAAACCAAAAAACACUCGUCAUGCUGUGGCAUCAUAUUGCUCUCCGACAUAUGUGUCAGCCAUUAUCUAUGCCCAUUGUUGCACGCAAUUUGAGAAUUCGGCCCACGCCUUCCAGAACACGACGUCUGAAACAGUUCAACGUAGAUGCGCGUCAGUAUAUACUAAUCCGCAGAAAUAUGAUAACUUCUUUCGCUAUACUAAGGGUCAAUGGUCACAGGAUGGAGGGGGAAAGCUUUCUAAAAGACAUCAAGAGUUCAAUGUUGAGGCCCUCAAGCGCAUUGCAAUCGAAAGUGUCGGUGCCAAAUCUUGCUCUACAAUGACCAAGAUGAGCGAAUCGGGUUAUAACAGGGUGUUUAAGCUGACAAUGGAUAAUGGUGCCGUUGCUAUUGCACGAAUACCCCUUCGAAAUCUUUGUCCAGAUUCUAAAGCCACAGCUUCUGAGGUUGCAACUAUGGAUUUCGCUAGAACGAUUCUCGAUAUACCGGUUUCUAAAGUCUAUGCUUGGAGCGCAGAUUCCAAUAAUCCUGUCAAAACAGACUAUAUCAUAAUGGAAAAAGCACCCGGCAUAUCGCGCGCAAAUCGAAAUUAUGAAAGCUAUAAGAGUGUCGUGUCAAGAAACGAACUUGUCGCAGAACUAGCGUCAAGACAAAAGUUCGUCGCUGAUAUAGUGGCCAUUGAGAAGAAGCUACUUUCCAUAGUCUUUAAACGAUUGGUCUUUAUAAAUGCUAUGGGAUCUGUAGGAACUUGCUGACAACCCCACAGCCACUGUAGUAUUUAUUACGUUCAAGACUGGUUUACUGGAUGUGAAAAAGCAGAGGUUGUGAAUGACAUCCCAAUUGAACCGAAGAAAGAAGUGGAAGAGCGUUUCGCAAUUGGUCCACGGGUAGAAAAACCCUCAUAGAAAGACGAGCUAUCAGCAAUGCGAAUCGACCACGGUCCCUGGAAAACUGCACAUGAAUUUCUCAAAUCUCAGGCUAAUAAUCAGAUCAAAUGGUUGAGUCAAAAAGGUCUCCAAAAAUCGUCAAAUAGACGCUCAUUCUUCGACUCUCAGCUCUCCCCUAGUGCCCAUAUUGAUCUUUACAACAGAUUUCUGGACAUCCAUCGUUUUAUUAUCCCAGAAAAUUCAAUGAUGGCUCGAUCUAAUCUCUGGCAUACUAAUAUUAAUUCAAACCACGUCUUCGUUAAGGAUGGCCAUAUCACCAUUCUUAUCGAUUGGCAAUUUGCUUGGACUGGCCCCUUAUUUCUCCAAUUUGACUCCCCGGUCUUCACACAGUACAAUCGUGCGAUGAGGUUGGAAGAGUUUAGUGAAGCUAGCCCCCUUGCACAUGACGGUAGCCGCAUCAGGCGUAUAAGUUUCGACUUCUUCAAAAAGGAUCUGUACAGGUUAGAAAUUUUUAAACAGGUUCCUUUACUUGAAAAAAUGAAAGAUGUACCUACUGCAGACAUAAGAAGCGAAAUUAUCGGCCAUGGCUUCGACACCUGGAAUGGAAAUAUUGUAGAAUUGAGAGAACGCUUGAUUAAAUUUGAAAGGAAUUGGGAAAAAAUGGAAUUCAACAUUCCGUGCCCGAUUCAUUUCACUAAAGAAGAGGUACAAACCCACAUACAGGAGGUCAUGAUAUGGGAUGAUGUCGAAGAGUUAUGGAGAGAAACGAAAAUAUUCAUUGAUGAGAAUGGUUAUAUCUCUAAGAAGAUUAUAGAAAGGGCAUUGAAACAUGGAUUCUUUAUCCGCUAAGCGUGUGCAGAUGUGGCAGUUAUGAUUUUGGAGAAGGUGCUUAUACUUCGAAGGAGAAAGGAGAGGCGCGUGAGAGGAGGACUAAAUGGAUUUUGAAGAAUGGAUGGGAGGUGCUUAGGAAGCGAGCAUUGUGGUAUGGUUCUAGAACGACGCCUAAGUCACGUAACAGCAUUGAGAUCUAGAUCAAUCCAACCCACUCCACUCCAAUAAAAACAUUUUGUUGACGAUCUAUUCAAUCA